AUGGAGUGGAGUGACAUGAUGGAACACACACUCUCACGCGCACUGCGUGCGCCGCUGCUACACGCAAACGCGACACGGGAAAAAGGCGAACGCGAAAAGCACGUCGCCAACCACCUCCGUAAUCAAGCCAUCAUCAUCCGCAGGGUGCUGGAGGAAAGAGAGGCCAUCGGUCUCACAAUGCAGGGGCAGCAUCUAAACAGCCAGUCUGUGGAUCCUGCACGAAGUCUUCGGGAAAACCAGCUAGGAGGAGUGAUCUUUGGUUGCAAGCACAAUACAAUUGAAGAAUGCUUCAACAAACAACUGUUUGGUCUGCCUUCAAUCCACUAUUCAUAUGUGAGAAAUAUCAAACCUGGCCUACCUUUAUUCCUAUUCAACUAUAGCGACAGGACGCUGCAUGGUAUUUUUGAGGCUGCAAGUCCUGGGCAGAUGUAUAUUGAUCCAUAUGCAUGGAGUCAGGAUGGUUCUUUAAGGACAUGUUUUCCUGCACAGGUUCGUAUCUGCACAAAGACUCGUUAUCCACCACUGAUGGAGAGCCAAUUUAGACCAGUGCUUGGUGACAACUAUUAUAACCACCACCACUUCUAUUUUGAGUUAGACCAUGCCCAAACAAAAGCUUUGAUUGCUGUAUUUAAAGCACUUGCUCCUGCCAAUUUCACACAAGUUCCAGCUGUUUCGACCAAAAGGACUAUUGCACCUUUACCAUCAAGUAAAAGCCAGGCACCAGUUAUCCCUGACCAAAAGAAAGGGUCAACCAAUCCAAAGGACAUCAACCCAUUUAGUGUUCUGUCACAAUCAGGUGGUGCUUUUACAGAUAACUGGGCUGAUUCUGAUGUGGAGAAUGGCAGCAUUAGUAGAACUUCAGAUGAGAAGGAGUCUGGGGGGCUAGUUUCUGAUUGGGAGGAUUUGGAUGACAAUGCUCUUCACAACCAACUUGGUCUUUGUUCAAAUCCAGAUGAGAUCAAUCAAAACUCCUCAUACAACACAGUUGCCAAAGGAGCGGAACUGGUAGAAUGCAGUCAUUCAGUUGUCAAUCCUGUGAAUGGAGAAAUCAAAAGUUCUGAUGGAGACAUGCUUGUGACCUCACAUGAUGUGCAUUCAGUUGCAGUGUGUGCUGAUGGAAUAGAGAGUGAGGUUCAGAAUGAACCAAAUUGUGUCGUGAUAAAGCCUGGAAGACUGUCCAGCCUGCAAAAACUUAAGGAGUUGGUUGUUCUAAGACAUCAGGCAGAACUGUCUGAUCAGAAUUCCCUUUAUCCUAAUCCAGAUCAAUAUGCUCCUGAAGAAACACAAGUCAAUGCAAGCCAUUCUUGUCCAGAGCAACAUGUACCUGAAGAAACACAGUCCAAUGCAAGCCGUCCUUGCCCAGAUCAGCAUGUACCUGAAGAAACACAUAAUGAUGGGAGCUUUUCUUGUCCAGAGAAACAUCUACCUGAAGAAACAGAGGCCAAUGCAAGCCUUUCUUGUCCAGAUCAGCAUGUGCCUAAAGAAACACAGGAUGGUGCAAGCUUUUCUUGUUCAGAGAAACAUUUAACUGAAGAAACACAGGUCAAUGCAUGCCUUUCUCAUCCAGUGCAACAUUUACCUGACAAUGCAAGCCUUCCUUGUUCAGAGCAACAUGUGCCUGAAGAAACAGAGGCCAGGGCAAGCCUGCCUUGUUCAGAGCAGCAUGUACAUGAAGAAACACAGGAUGAUGCAAACGUUUCUUGUCCAGAGCAACAUUUACCUAAAGAAACACAGGUCAGUGCAUGCCUUCCUUGUCCAGUGCAACGUGCACCUGCUGACAAUGCAAGCCUGCCUUGCCCAGAGCAAUAUGUGCCUGAAGAAAUGCAGAUCAAUGCAAGCCUUUCAUGUCCAGACCAGCAUGUUCCUUUAGAAACACAGUUCAAUGCAGACCUUUCCUAUCCACAUCAGCAUGUACCAGAGGAAACACAGGUCACUCCAGGCAUUUCUUGUCCAGAACAAGAUGUUCCUGAAGAAACACAGGUCAAUGCAAGCCUUUCAUGUUCAGAUCAGCAUGUACCAGAAGAAACAAAGGUCACUACAGUCAUUUCUUGUCCUGUUCAACAAGCAACACAGACCAAUGCAAGCCUUUCCGAACACCCAUUCGGUGCUACGGUGGAAGAUAAUACAUCUUUUGAGCAACAUGAAGGGAAUGCUGAGCUGAUGAAAAUCGUCUUUGAUUUAAUUGAGAAAACUGAUGCGUUGGAUAAGAGACAGACUAAGUCACAAGAGGAAAUACUUUCUCUGAGUGAAGUAGUUAAAGACUCAGGAACAAAAUUACAGCAACUGGAAUACUGUAUAGACGAGUUACAGUUCAAACUCGACUCUUCAUUGUCUCUUGUUAGCAAUGCAUGCAAUACUCUGGACAAGCCAUCAAUAUUCCUGAUGGGUGGUUAUAAUGGUGUGUCCUGGCUAUCAUCUCUUGAUGCUUUUGCACCAGAGAAAGACAUACUGGUGCCUCUCACACCAUUGAGUUCUGCUCGUUCAUAUGCAUCUGUUGCUCAAUUGGAAGGUUGUAUAUUCAUUUUUGGUGGUGGGCAAGACAAUUUAUGGUAUAACACAGUGGAGUGCUAUAAUACAAUGAAUAACGAGUGGAUGGUGUGCCCCUGUUUGAACCAUGAAAAGGGAAGUCUUGCUGGAGUAAGUCUUCAUGGAAAAAUAUAUGCUAUUGGUGGAGGAGAUGGAACUAUAACUUAUUCAGAUGUUGAGAUGUUCGAUACUUUCCUUGGAAAGUGGAUAUGCAGUCCUUCUAUGAUGAACUCUCGAUUUGCUCUUGCUGCAGCAGAAAUGGGUAGCGUCAUCUAUGCUAUUGGUGGAUAUGAUGGUUGCAAGUACUUACAAUCAGCAGAAAGGUACGACCCAAGGGAGGGUUUCUGGGCUAGACUUCCAAGUAUGAAUGUAAAGAGAGGGUGCCACACUGUAGCUGCUCUUGGAGAAGUCCUAUAUGCCAUUGGAGGGUAUGAUGGGACUAGCAUGGUGUCCACUGUAGAGAUCUUCGACCCUCGCCUUAACUCCUGGAGGAUGGGUGAUUCCAUGAACUUUGCAAGAGGAUACGCCUCUACGGUUACUGUGGGUGAUAAUGUGUUUGUCAUUGGCGGUCUGCAGUCCAAUGAACAUAUUCUGGAUGUUGUGGAAGUUUACAAUGUGAACUGUGGUUGGUCAGUGCCUGGUUUCUGUUCAAUUGGGAAGAGGUGCUUCGCGUCUGCAGCUGUCCUGUAGUUUGUUUGGAGCACAGUGCUCGUCUCACUUAAUCAGCUCUAACAAUUUUGUGCCAUGUGAGGAACCCUAACCGUGUUUUCCGAAAAGCAUUUUGAGGGUGAAUCUGCCCUUCUGCUGCGAUUCUGGUUCAUGUACAGCGAAAGUCAGCAUAGUUUGGAGCUAGGUAGUCACUAGUCAGCCACCUGUCCAAAAGUUUAGAUCCUCAUCUACAUACUUGAAACCAUAUUUAUAAUCACUGUUGGUGGGAGAGAACCUUUUUUAUCAGGUACAUCUCAUCACGCGGAAUGCAUCACGGCUAAAAAUUCUGGAUGACUUAUUAAUCCUCUGUUGCCCUCCCAUAUUUGCACUAUACUUUUGCGUGAUAUGUCUGCAUAAUAUGGUUCACUGUGAUGAUUG